AUUACGGUAUUUAUGCAACUUCCAGGGCGGACGUUUACGUAACCGUACUGUACGGAAAGCACAUGCCGGUUGAAGAUUGAACAAACCUUUGAACGGUUGUUUAUAUCAGCGUAGUAACAUGGCAGCUUGUGCCGUUGCUUCCAGGCUCUUGCCGUUAGUGAGAGGAACGAUCUGCUGCAGAGCGUCUCGCCCCGCGCGCCCAGCUGUCCGUGCGGUCUCGUGCACAGCAGCUCGGUCUCAGCUCCACAGAGUGGACGGGUCCAGUGGUGGUCUACCGGGUAAAGUGGACCGAUUCGGUGGAGUGACAGUGAACCUGGCUGAGGUCGGUUUACCGGUGGACAUCACUGAGAGCUCCUUCAGCAGGUUACUGCAGGAUUCUUUGGCCCAGUGGAAAGCAGAGGGCAAAGCUGCAGUGUGGCUUCGGGUGCCCAUCUCACUGAGUCGAUGUGCCGCCGCUGCCUCCACUCACGGCUUCACCUUCCAUCACGCCAAACAUGACCACGCUGUGUUGGCCCUCUGGUUGGGAGAAGGGGAAAGCAGGCUGCCCGGGUUUGCAACUCACCAAAUUGGAGUGGCAGGUGCAGUUGUUGAUGAAUCCAAUGGAAAAGUUCUUGUGGUCCAAGACAGGAACAAGACAAAGAAUGCUUGGAAGUUCCCCGGUGGCUUGUCUGAUCCAGGAGAAAAUAUUGGUGCCACUGCCGUCCGUGAAGUCUUUGAGGAAACUGGCGUUCACUCUGAGUUCAGAUCUCUGCUCAGCAUCCGGCAGCAGCACAACCAUCCGGGCGCUUUCGGCAUGUCGGACAUGUACAUCAUCUGCCGACUCAGCCCUCUCAGCUACGACAUCAACUUCUGCACUCAGGAGUGUCUGCGCUGCGAGUGGCUGGACCUUGCCGAGCUGGCCAAGACUAACCACACUACGCCCAUCACCUCUCGCGUAGCUCGGCUUCUGCUUUACGGCGUGGAGCAGGGCUUCGACAAGAUCGACCUCACCAUGGAGGAGCUUCCUGCUGUCUACUCUGGCAUGUUUUACCAGCUGUACCACAGGCAGCUUCCUCCGACACAAAAGUCCUAGCA